AUGGGAUCCGCCGUAAACGAGUCAUGUGACAACUACGCGGAAAUUUUCAAAAAAAUCAACUACUACUUUCGCGAUGAUCAAGUUAUCAACGGGACGGAGUACUCCCAAAAAGAGUUCGGAUACUUCAUCACAUUUGCAUAUAUGUUGAUCAUUCUCUUCGGAGCAAUAGGCAACUUUCUUACGAUCAUCGUUGUUAUUCUUAACCCAGCAAUGCGGACGACUCGUAACUUUUUCAUCCUGAAUUUAGCGCUCUCUGACUUUUUUGUCUGCAUUGUAACAGCUCCAACCACGUUGUACACCGUAUUAUACAUGUUCUGGCCGUUCAGCCGAACACUGUGCAAAAUUGCCGGUUCACUCCAAGGGUUCAAUGUGUUUCUCUCAACAUUUUCAAUAGCUUCAAUUGCGGUGGAUAGAUAUGUGCUCAUUAUUUUCCCCACUAAACGAGAGCGACAACAAAACCUUUCCUUCUGUUUUUUCAUAAUGAUCUGGGUCAUCUCACUUAUAUUGGCUGUUCCUCUUCUCCAGGCAUCUGAUUUAACACCGGUGUUUGUUGAGCCGCUUUGUGAUCUCGCUCUUUAUAUCUGUCAUGAACAGAAUGAUAUCUGGGAGAAGAUGAUCAUAUCAAGAGCCACAUAUACUCUGGCCGUACUCAUUACACAGUAUGCGUUCCCAUUGUUCUCACUGGUUUUUGCCUAUUCUCGAAUUGCACAUCGCAUGAAACUGAGAUUCGCUAAUAGGAAUCAAAAUGUGACAACAAACACAAACACGAGUCAAAGACGAAGAUCCGUGGUAGAACGCCAACGCCGGACUCAUCUCCUACUUGUAUGCGUCGUUGCGGUAUUUGCAGUUGCUUGGCUACCACUGAAUGUUUUCCAUAUCUUCAACACAUUUGAAUUGGUGCAAAGUUUCUCGGUCACCACAUUCAGUAUAUGCCACUGUCUGGCAAUGUGCUCGGCGUGUCUGAACCCAUUGAUCUACGCAUUUUUCAACCAUAAUUUUAGAAUAGAAUUCAUUCAUCUCUUCGAUAGAGUUGGAUUGAGAUCUCUACGAGUCGUGAUUUUCGGCGAACAAGAAUCAAUGAAGAAAAGUAUGCGCACUGAAUGUAGAAAUCGUGCUGGAUGCAAAACGGUUACCACUGCAGAGCCAACCACAUUCCAGAGAAUGAAUGAGAGUAUGGUUUUGAGUGCUAUGGAACAAGACGAGCAACUGUGA